AUGAGCAAGCGCCAAGAAGAUGAGACUAACAUAGCUACUAACCUCGACUCCAGAUUCAAUCAGACCCUCAGAAAUGUUCAAGGGUUACUCAAAGGUCGCAGUAUACCCGGUAAAAUAUUAUUGAGCCGUCGGUCAGACCCUCCGGAUAACUCAAAGAUAUCAAAUAACCCAAAAUCAAAGACAUCCUCACCAAUUUACAAACGGAGCUUUUCCUACAAUGAUGCUGGUCCAAGUAAUCACACAUCUGGGGCAGUUGAGGAGGAAUUUCACAGUACAAGCAAACCGAUUAGUAUUGCCAAUGCCAGGAAGCUAAAAGUGUCAACUUCCUUUGGAGGUAGCCUGUCUGAAGAAAUCCGCAAGUCUACCAUGGGUGCUAGAGCUACGGAUUCUGCAAGGGUUAUGAAGUUCACUAAGGUGCUUUCUGAGACAGUGGUUAUAUUAGACAAGUUGCGUGAAUUAGCUUGGAGUGGUGUUCCAGACAAUAUGCGUCCAAAAGUGUGGAGACUUCUGUUGGGAUAUGCACCACCUAAUUCAGAUAGAACGGAGGGAGUUCUAAGAAGGAAGCGCCUUGAGUAUCUUGACUGUAUAUCUCAGUAUUAUGAUAUUCCAGAUAGUGAACGUUCAGAUGAUGAGGUCAACAUGCUUCGUCAGAUUGGUGUUGAUUGUCCAAGAACUGUACCUGAUGUUCCAUUCUUCCAGCAACAGCAAGUUCAGAAAUCAUUGGAACGUAUUCUGUAUGCAUGGGCCAUUCGGCAUCCAGCAAGUGGAUAUGUUCAGGGGAUAAAUGACCUUGUUACACCAUUUUUGGUUGUUUUCUUGUCAGAAUAUUUUGAAGGGGAUAUAGAUAAUUGGUCAAUGUUUGAUUUAUCUCCAGAUACAAUCUCUAAUAUAGAGGCAGACUGCUACUGGUGCUUGUCAAAGUUGCUUGAUGGUAUGCAAGAUCAUUACACAUUCGCUCAACCUGGAAUUCAGAGGCUUGUUUUUAAGUUGAAGGAAUUGGUCAGGAGGAUUGAUGAGCCUGUUUCGCGGCAAAUGGAGGAUCAGGGACUUGAAGUUCUUCAGUUUGCUUUCCGCUGGUUCAACUGUCUUCUUAUCCGUGAGAUACCAUUCCAUCUCAUCACACGCCUUUGGGACACAUAUUUAGCUGAAGUAGAAGCCUUACCAGACUUCCUAGUAUAUAUAUUUGCCAGCUUCCUUCUAACGUGGUCAGACAAGCUCCAGAAAUUUGAUUUUCAAGAAUUGGUAAUGUUCCUUCAGCGCCUCCCAACAGAGAAUUGGACUCACCAGGAGCUUGAGAUGGUGCUUUCCCGGGCAUUUAUGUGGCACACCAUGUUCAACAACUCUCCUAGCCAUUUAGCUAGCUGA